AUGGCUCCUUCUCCUCCUCAAGAUGAUUUUAGCUUCCCAACAAUCACCAAUACACCGCCACGUUUCCUUGAAUCACCACCUUUAUGGAGAACAACAUCAGUUGCUUCUAGACGCCUCCAGAAAAACCCUAAAAAUGAUCAUAAUAUUGCAUCUAUUAAGGGAGAAGGUGAUCAUCAUGACCAUGAAGAAAAUUUGGACAUGUCUCCAUUAAUAUCCAAUAAGUCCAAUUACAUCAACCAAAGAAAGAGUUUCUCAUACAUAGAAGGUGAUGCUGCCAUGAAGAGAAUGAACAUUGAAAAUGAAGAUGAUCAAGAAGAGGAGAAAAUGGACAUGUUAUGGGAGAAUUUGAAUGAAGAAAUGUCCAACCAAAUUAUGACAAGGACUACAUGUGGGAAAGAUGCAAAGAAGGUGGAAUAUAAAUGUGUUAAAUCUUUGAAUCUUUCCAAAGCAAGCAAAAGACCAAGCUUAGUGGUUCUCAUCAAAGUCCUGAAAAAGGUGUUCUUGUAA